AUGUCUGAGGAAUCUGAAACAAAUGAUAGAUAUAUGUCAUACUCUCCAGAGGAUAAUUAUCCUACAACCUCUAACAGUAAUUCGGAUGACCAUACAAAUCAUCAUCCUGAUGAGAUUUCAUAUAAAGUUGAAACGUCCAGUUCAUCACCUCUUGGUAGUUUUACAAAUGUCACACGUGAGCUUCCAAAACCUCGUAAACAACGAGUACCAAAUAGUGCAAUGGAUGAAGCUACUUUGAUUGCUCUCAGACCAUUCAAAUGUGAUGAAUGUGGUAAACGAUUGGAGAAGGCUCGAACAUUAAGACUACAUAAACUAUCAGUACAUGAAGGUCGUAGACCAUUUGCCUGUGAUAUAUGCAAUGCUUGUUUUACACAAAAUGGCCAUCUGAAACAACAUAUUCAAACAGUUCAUAAAGGAUUACGACCGUAUAGUUGUGAUGUUUGUAAUAAACGUUUCACUAAAGCCCGUUCAUUGAGGCGGCAUAAUUGUGAAAAAAGUGGUCCAUUAAAACCUUUUGUUUGUGAUGUAUGCGGUCGUGGUUUCUCACAUAUGCACACAAUGAAAACUCAUCGUGCUUCAAUUCAUGAAGGUGAAAUUAGUUAUAAUUGUGGUGUUUGUGGAAUCGCAUUCCAAUACGCUGCUGAUAUGCGUCAACAUAGAGCUACUGUUCAUAAUUCUGAAAGACCUCAUGUGUGCGAUAUUUGUGGGAAAUGUUUCGGACAGGCAAGCAAAUUACUUCAUCAUAAAUCUGCCGUUCAUGAAGGGAAACGUCCACAUUUAUGCGAUAUCUGUGGUGCUCGUUUCACACAAAGUGUUCAUCUGAAACAGCAUAAAGCAUCAGUUCACGAAGGUAAAAAACCUUAUCAAUGCAAUUUUUGCCAGCGAAGAUUCACUCAACUUGGACAUGUCCGUGUUCAUAAGUGUGUUGUAGAUCAAGGUUUCAAACGUCACACCUGUGAUGUAUGCGGUAAACAGUUUACACAGUUAGGCACUUUGAAGAAACAUAUUGCUGGUGUACAUGAAAAGUUACGUCCUUAUCAAUGUGAAUCUUGUCCUAGUGCCUUUGGUACAACUAGUGAAUUACGUCGACACAAAGAAAAUGUUCAUGAAGGUAGAAAUGCUCGAAAGUGUCGUUAUUGCAAUGAACUAUUCAAUACAGUAGAUAAUUUGAAGCAACACAUAACUUUGAAACAUUCCGAGAGAAAAGAAUUCACUUGUGAAUUAUGUGGUGAUCGUUUCAGUCGACAAGUUGCUAUGACUCGUCAUAUGAUCACUACACAUGCCGAUGAGAAACCCAGACAAUGUGGUAUAUGUGGUGUUUCAUUCUCAUCGCUGGCGGAAUGGAAAUCUCAUUCAACAUUGUGUAGUAAUGAUGCAUUUAAACACGUAUGUCAAUUGUGUGGCGAUCGUUUUACCACUGUCAUUCAUUUACGUUAUCACAAACGAACUGUACAUCAGAAGACUCGAACAUAUGACUGUACACAAUGUGGACAAAGUUUUCUUCGUCUCAACAGUUUCAAAUAUCAUUGUUGUAUAGAAAAUAAAUCGACCAGUAUUGUGCCACCAGGGUCAUCAAAUAAUCCAAAUCUUACAGCUAUUGCAGUUCUAUCAGCUGUAGUCUCAAGUUUUGGUCUAUCAGCAUUGUCUUCAACUUCUGAAUUUACGCCUAAUUCACACAAGUCUACCGACAAUACAAACAAUACAGAUCCUAAUUGUGUGUCUACUGAACAUCUUCCACACUUCCUACUCCUUUACUUGAGUUGGCACAAUCACUUCCCAACUUUUUCUUCAAAAGUCCUGCAAUCACAACGGCGACAUCUUUAG